GAAUAUUCCAAAGCCGUCUAAGUGCUCCAUUUCCGUGAAUCCCGGAUUUCCGCACAUCACACACAGUGGAGUAUAGCCUCAAGUUAUACUCGGCAAAACCUGCGUUAUAUAUUCUGACAGGGAGUUAUCAAACACCAUGGAACUGAAGGGGAGAGUGUUGGUGUACUCUAUAGUGGGUUGCCCACACUGUAUCCGCGCUAAAAACUAUUUGGAACAGCUGGGUCUACCUUACACAGACGUCUCACUGGAUAAGUACCCUCAGUGUCGAGAAGAGGUGCGAACGAGAACUGGAAAGAACACAGUCCCACAGAUCUUCUUCAACGCCAUCCAUGUUGGGGGCAAUGAAGAGCUGCAGAAACUGAGUGAUGAAGAGCUUCAGGAGCUGAUCAAAGAUGUACAAGAGAAGGAGCCCCCACCUGAUGCUCCUGUUCCACCUGACCCUCUCACAGCUGAAGAUGACGAAGCUGCUGUAGGGUUCCACUGUGAGCCGGAUGAGUACGCCAUGCUUGUACAGGAGCUGAAGGGAUCCGGACUCAUCAAGGACAGGAUGUACAACCUCAGGACAUACAAGAACUGUUUUGUGGGCAGAGAGUUUGUGGACUGGUUAGUCAAGAAGAAAGGAUUAGGAAGGGAGGAAGCUGUUGACAUGGGGCAGAAGCUGGUGAUGGAAGGGUUUGGACACCAUGUCACAGAUGACCACAGGUUCAAGGAUGAGAUGCUGUUCUAUAGACUACUGGAGGAUGACUCUGAGAGCGCCCUCAAUGCUGGGGUUACUGCUGAGUGUCAACCUAGACCAGCUGGUGAACUGAGUGAAGUGAUCAGAAAACUCAUCCUGAAGAUUUACUCCAAGCAUCUAUCAAAGGAUGGCAAGAAAGUAGACUACAAGGGUAUAGGAGAGAGUCCUGAGUUUGAGGACUAUGUGACUCUGACAGCACAGCUACAGAGGGUCAAUGUGACAGACUUGAGCAGGGAGGAGAAACUGGCCUUCUUCAUCAAUAUCUACAAUGCACUGGUCAUCCAUGCCUAUGUCAAGGUGGGACCUCCCACCAACUUAUGGCAGAGAUACAAGUUCUUCAAUGUAGUGAGCUACAUUAUUGGUGGUCACAUCUACUCUCUACAAGACAUAGAGAAUGGUGUCCUCCGUGGCAACAGGAAGGGGAUUGGACAGCUGUUCCGACCAUUUGGCCAGGACGACCCCCGGCUGCCUGUAGCGCUGGAGGAGCCGGAGCCACUCAUUCAUUUUGCACUCGUGUGCGGAGCUAAGAGCUGUCCUCCCAUCAAAACUUACUCUGCUCAGGAAGUUGAGAAACAGUUGAAAAUUGCAGCGGAGGGUUUCUUGGAGGGAGAUGAUGGGAUGCAGGUAGAUAUGAAGAAAAGGGAAGUCAUGCUCAGCAAAAUCUUCAAGUGGUACAAAGUGGACUUUGGAGCCCAAAACAAAGAGGUACUUCAGUGGGUCCACGAUCACAUGUCAGCAGGAGAGAAGAAAUCACAGCUGUCAGAACUGUUGGCUAGCACAAAGUACAAAGUCAGCCACAUGUCAUAUGACUGGGGUGUCAACUCAAAGUAGAAAAGCAAGUAACUAGAGACUAAAUGUCACUGUUCCAGCACUCCAAAAAUGAAGUUUUAAUUUGGGGUGGGGGGGGGUAUAUUUAUUCAUCAAUAUUAGUUACUUAUAGCUGCUUUUCAGACAGCAAAUAGAAA